GACGAAUUGCCGGCCUCUAAGAAAAGUCUACUUAGACCAACAGUACCGGUAGCAAAAACCGGCGUAGUCAACUCAGUAAUCUUUAUCGCACCUAAUGAUAGCAUGAGUUUAAAAAAUUACUGAUAAGAUAGAUAUACACAAAAAUGCAGGGACGAAACAAGAGGGAUCAACAGCUAAAUGUUUAUACGUGUUUACGUAUGCUGACCUAAAUACUGAAUAGAAUCGCUAAAAUUACCGCUGCCAAAUUAACCUAGGUCUAGAUUUAGCCAGGGUGCUGUUCUUCAUUUGAGGAUCCGUAUCGUGUAGGAAGUGCCAACGGUUUUCGGCUAACGACUAGUAUACGCGUCAGUUCGUUUGUGUGUGCAUAGCAACGCAAAAGGCGCCUUUUUGCUGGUGUUUGAUUCUAAGUGGAUGUUGAGUUCAGUUCAGGUGUCGUACGUGCUUAAUUCCUGCUUACAACCGAUUUUGUUUGCGGUGGAUUGUACGGUAAAAAUCAGGGAUUAGUUACUAGCAUGUAUAUUGCGUCACAGCCUGACUCUGUCGAGAUUAGGAUGAGAGCUUAAAACUUCGCCAUAUCAGGUGGUCUCUCAGCUUCAGGAUGGCGUGUGACCCAAACACGAAAUACCAGUCUCCACUAACGUCCCGCUAUGCCUCACCGGAGAUGGCGUACAACUUUAGCGAUGAAAAGAAAUUCUCAACGUGGCGUAAAUUGUGGAUCUUCCUUGCCAAAGCAGAACAGGAGCUCGGCUUGCCAAUUCGAGAUGAGCAGAUUUCUGAGAUGGAAAGAAAAUUUAACCAAAUCGAUUAUGCCGCUGCAUCAGCUGAAGAGAAAUUGACGCGACACGACGUGAUGGCACAUGUUCAUGUGUUCGCACAGCAGUGUCCAUUGGCGGCCCCCAUUAUUCAUUUAGGUGCCACUUCCUGCUACGUUGGUGACAACACUGACUUGAUUCAACUGAGAGAUGGACUCGACAUUCUUGUUCCUAAGAUUGCAAGAUGCAUUGAUCGAUUGGCAAAAUUUGCGAAAGAGUACGCUGCGGUUCCUACUCUCGGGUUCACCCAUUUCCAGCCAGCUCAACUUACGACAGUGGGCAAACGCGCCUGUCUUUGGUUGACUGACCUCCUAAUCGAUAUUCAUAACCUGCAGCGAGUGCGCAGCGAAUUGCGCUUUCGAGGCGUGAAAGGAACUACCGGAACGCAGGCGUCGUUUCUUCAGCUAUUUGAAGGGGACGAAGAAAAGGUGAAACAAUUGGACAAACGGGUCACAGAGAUGGCAGGUUUCACUAAGUCACUCAUCAUUUGUGGCCAAACAUAUAGUCGUAAGGUGGAUAUUGAAAUCCUAUCGGUGCUUGCAUCAUUAGGUGCGUCAGUCCACAAGAUCUGUACUGAUAUUCGACUGCUGGCACACAUGAAGGAAGUGGAAGAGCCUUUUGAGAAGACACAAAUUGGAUCAUCAGCUAUGGCCUACAAGCGAAAUCCAAUGCGAAGUGAAAGAUGCUGCUCUCUCGCAAGGCAUUUAAUGAGUCUUAUAAUGAAUCCACUUCAAACUCAGUCAACUCAAUGGAUGGAGAGGACCCUCGACGACAGUGCUAAUCGACGGGUGUGUCUGGCUGAGGCGUUCCUCACAGCUGACAUCAUUCUGAAUACUCUACAAAAUGUCACAGAAGGUCUAGUCGUAUACCCGAAAGUGAUUCAGCGGCAUAUAGACCAGGAAUUACCAUUCAUGGCUACAGAAAACGUAAUAAUGGCAAUGGUAAAAGUUGGCGGCGAUAGGCAGGAAUGCCACGAAAAAAUCCGUGUGCUCAGCCAUCAGGCGGCUGCUCAGGUUAAAGAACACGGAAAAGAUAAUGACCUCGUAGAUCGCAUUAAGACUGACCCGUACUUCGCCCCAAUUCAUUCGAAGAUUAACGGUCUUCUAGACGCUAGCACGUUCGUGGGUCGGGCUCCGGGACAAGUUCUAGAAUUCCUUGCCGCAGAAGUACAACCCGUUCUGCAGCGCCACAGCGAUUCUCUUGAGGGACGUAGCGAAAUUAACGUAUAAAUAUGUAGUUAUGAAUUUACCUACGAGUCAAAAGCAGCUGUCCUGAGAGACCAAACUUCUGCAAUAUUUCUUUUUACGGCAACGCUCGGAGAGUGCAAUUAUCCCAUUCAGUGUUUCGUGAUAUGAUUUAACAUAUGGUGAAAGCUGUGGUAACUGCAACAUUAUUAAUAAGAAGCAACAAAAAGCUAAGAAAAUAAGCCCAAAAUGGGAAUGUAUUAUUAUUUGACUUUGAAAAUGUACAUGUGUUCGAUUUCAUGGACUGAUGGGAAGCAAUUAACAUAAAAAGACGUGAAAGGACUGCCGGUAUGACCUAUUGUAAAAUCUUCGGUAAAAAGACGUAAGAUGCUGCUUCUUCUGUCAUGUGCUUGAAGUCGUGUGUCGCUGCUCGUGAUAUUUGUAACAGCAAGUAUUUGGAACCGAAAAAUGGUUGAUUUUUACUAUUUUAUUAUCUUUACUGAAGCGUAGCAGAAUUAUCUAGUUGAAUGUCUAUCAUUUCACACACUCCUGUGGGACCACUAGUUUUAAGUCAGUGCCAACCUCACUUGUUGCUAAGCGGAUAUAUAAUUAUGAAUAAAAAAUAUAUCAGCUGUUAUAUUGCAUAUCAAAUAACGCAUAAUGGUGCAAUGUGAAGUGUUAUUAGCGACAAAAUGUAACUGUUACAAAAAAAAUAGCUCGAUGGUCAUAUCUCGAAACAACUAGAAACAAAAAACCUUGUGUAACCGUAUUGAAGAAAAAUAAAUCUUUAAUAUAUUUGUCGAAUGUUUA